AUGGCGACUACGAAUCAACCCGUGAAGCAACCGAGCUCGCUGGGGAGAGGAGAGGUUACGAAGGAGGCUCCUGUUCGCAAGCAGGCCCCUCCUGAACUCCCCAAAACAGUCGGACAGAAAGGUCAAGCUGGUCAACCUGCGUUAGAUGAAGGCGGCGCAAAACUGCAGACGAAAACAGUCGACGAAGGACAGAGCGGACAAUUUGAAGGGGUCGAUAUGUGGGAAGUUGAAAACCUUGAUCAACAACGCCAAGUCCCAGAACAAAGACAGGCCAUGCCUCCGGAAACAGCCACGGGUUCUGCAUCUAGCCAUAAGCAGUCGUUUGUUGACAGAAGCAAAGCCGCAGCCGGUCGACUGGGCCGGUUCGCCAAAGGUGCCCAAUCGGUCAAGGAUCAUAUUCCACAGGGAAUCACAGAACAGACCUCCCACGAAAUUGGGGAUCAGGAGGUAGGGGAUCGAGCCGAUGGAUUGGGGGAAUCCCGGGGAGGAGUAGGUCUCGAUGAUACCGUACCGAAGCCAAAUAGCUCGGACAUUAAGAAUAUCGCAAAGACCGUGGGGGAUUUGAAAGGGCUCUCAGUUGAUGAAACGGGCAAGAUUGUGACUUCAACUGGACAGCCAGUUGGCAAGGUGAUUGAAGGAGAUCCGAAAGAUCUAAUUGGACAGAUUGUGGGCGAGGGUGGUGAGAUUCUGGACGAGGAUGGAGACUUAAUCGGACGAGUUGACGUCCUGGCGGAUGAUGAACUGGAGCCCGUCAUGGAAGACGGAAUCCCCAGCCAGCCGCUGUUGCCGGACAUUUCCACCCUCGAAGGCCUUCAGUGCACCAAGUUCGGCAGUAUUCUGAAUGCCCAGGGUACUCUUGUCGGUGAGCUUGUCGAAGGAGAUGCGAAGAGACUCUUCCGUGGAGGGUUCGAGAUGGAUGAUAAGGGACAGUUUUGGGAUCAUCGCGGAAAUAUCAUAGGCAAGGCAUGGCCAGUCCCACCAGACGUGGAUGAAAUCAGUCCCUUCGAGGGGGUAAAAGACCUGCAUGUAGGCCAGGACGGAUGGGUCCUGGAUGAGGACGGCCGACGGGUUGGGCAGGUGGUCAAAGGCGAGGCCAAAAAGCUAGAAGGUCGCGCAGUCGACGAGGAUGGCGAUAUCUUGGAUCGUCGUGGUAACCGACUGGGUCGUGCAGAACCAUGGCAGGAACCUGACGAGCCAGAGAAGGUAGAGGAAGUAGAAGAGAAGCCUAAUCUCAGCUGCCUGUCUGGGCUCAAGGCAACCAAACUGGGCCUUGUCAUAGGACCGGACCAAGUGCCGAUGGGCAAGGUUAUCGAGGGAGACCCAAGGCACCUCGCUGGUAAGACCGUUGCCCCAGAUGGUCAGAUCUGGGGCGACCAAGGGGAGGUCAUUGGCCGGGUAGAGCUGAUCCCGGAGAACGAACGAAAAGACCUCAUGCGACCAUUCCAGGGAGAAAUGGACCUGAUGGUGAAUGGGUCGGGAUGGGUGGAGGAUGAUGAAGGCAAGGUGGUGGGUCGUGUGGUGGAAGGGGAUCCCAAGGCUCUCCAGGGCUACGAGGUCGACGAAGAUGGAGAGAUCGUGGAUCAGCAUGGUACUGUCCUUGGCCGGGCUGAACGCUGCGAGCCUCCAGCCGAGACAGUAGAGGAGCCCGAUCUGUCUGUGUUAGGGGGCAAGCUCGUCAACAAGAUGGGCAAUGUUGUGGAUGCGGAUGGAGUGGUCAUUGGCCGGCUGGUCACGGGAAAUCCGCGCAAGCUGGCCGGAAAGUCGGUGGAUGACCAGGGCCAAGUCUGGGAUUCCAGUGGGCAUGUCGUUGGUCAAGCCGAGGUCCUCCCUGAUGCUGAACGAGACCGUCCGGAGGGUCCGUUUUGCGGCCUCGAUGGGCUGACCCUGGAUAAAGAGGGCAUGGUGGUCAAUCCGAGUGGCACGCCAGUGGGCCGUCUAGUGCAAGGUGAUGUCCAACGCCUUGCUGGGCGUGCCGUUGAUGAGGAUGGGGAAGUUCUCGACGGCUCUGGGAACGUCAUCGGCCGGGCUGAGCCUUGGGCUUCCCCUGAGGAGCCGGCUAGUCCGAUGACUGGCCAUAAGGUCAACCGCGAGGGUGAGGUCCGAGAUGAGGGCGGCAAUCUCAUUGGCAAGGUCACCGAGGGAGACUUGUCGAACCUGGUCGGUCGAACUGUCGAUAAAGACGGCUAUGUCAUGGAUAGUGCCGGCAACAAAAUCGGCCAGUGCACUUUGUUGGACAAUCUGCCCCCGGAGCCCAUGUCAGAGCCGGAGCCGGAGCCCGAGCCAGAACUUGAGCCUGAGAUCUCUCCCGAGGAACUCGAGCAGCAAGCCCGGCAAGCGGAAGAAAAUGAGCUGGCCAAGAAGAUGUGCUCCAUUGUGCAGCAGACCCUGGACUCGGUAGAGCCCAUUUGUAGACUGAUUACCCAGCAUAUCGAGCGCGCCAAUGGAGCCCCUAAAGAGGACUUGGAUGAGGAGGAGCUGGUGAAACAGGUCAAACCGUUGAUUGAGGAGGCCGGAUAUGCUCUGCAGGAGUGCAAGGGAGCCCUUCGAGCGCUGGACCCGGAUGGCCACAUUACUGCCAACGCCAAAGCACACAGUGCAUCUCAAGAAGCAACUCCGCAGGAGCAUCAUCUUGCCGAGCUGCUGAAGAACUUGACCAAGCUGGUGACCGAAACGAUUGAACGUGGAAAGAGCCUGAUCGCCGACAUGCCGCAUGCGAAGAAGGAACUGAAUCCUUUGUGGGCGUUGUUGUCCGAGCCCCUGUUCCAAAUCAUCGCAGCCGUAGGUCUCUUGCUCAGUGGCGUUCUUGGUCUGGUGAGCAAUCUUCUGGAUGGCUUGGGACUGGGUGGGCUCCUCCGGGGCUUGCUCGGUGGCUUAGGGGUAGACAAGCUCCUUGAAGGGUUGGGGUUAGGCACCAUUACGCAGGGACUCGGCCUUGGUGGUAAGAAAUAG